AUGAAGGAUACGGAAUCUGACUACAUAUUUCUUUUUGAGAGUGACAAAAAUGAGGAUGAACAUAUAGAUUUAUAUAGAGAGGAAAUCGAAGAUAAUAAGGAUUCGAAAGGAGAUUCUUACCCGUCAUGGCCUCAAAGUUACAGGGUGUCGAUGGAUGUUUAUGGUGAUGUAUCGCCCCCAAAAUUAACCUUUCUAGGGUCAACUAACGUAUCAACAUUAGGUGGUCCUUUUCUAUCGAAUUCGUCUUUACCACCUGAAAGCAGAAGACGCAUCACUACUGAUCACAAGGUAUUCGGAAGUUUGUGCGAACCUCUCUUACCACAAGUAACAGACGACGACGGACAUCAUAUAUAUCCUGCUGAUCAAUGCAUUUCUUCUGCCAAGGAGUUGUCACAACAUGAAAAAUCUCCUGAUAUUAGACAAAGUUCUUUUGGUCAAGCUGUAGUUAACGUUGUGAAUGUCCUUUGUGGAGUUGCACUUCUGUCUACUCCUUAUGCAAUGAAAGAAGGAGGAUGGUUUGGUUUGUCCAUAUUGUUUAUCUUUUCAGUUCUUUCAUUCUAUACCGGUAUCAUCAUCCGCUACUGCUUGGAUAGUCAACCUGGCCUUAGCACCUACCCCGAUAUUGGUGAGGCUGCUUUUGGACUAGCUGGACGCCUAAUCAUCUCUAUAUUUUUCUACGUGGAGUUGUACGCAUCAUGCGUUGAGUUUAUAAUCAUGGAGAGUGAUAGCCUUUCUUCUUUGUUUCCAAAUACACAUUUAAAUCUUGGUGGACAUCAACUAAGUUCCCAUUAUCUAUUUGCAAUUAUGAUCACUCUCAUUGUUCUUCCUACAGUUUGGCUUCGUGACUUGAGUUUUCUGAGUUACAUCUCCGCUGGUGGAGUUCUUGUGACAAUUCUUGUGGUAAUUUGCUUGUUUUGGGUUGGUUUGGUGGACAACAUUGGCUUUCAGCAUGACAGUACAAGGAUGUUGAACCUUUCAUCUUUGCCCGUGUCUAUUGGGAUUUACGGUUACUGUUAUGCAGGACACGCCGUCCUUCCCCACAUCUAUAUGUCCAUGGAAACACGUAAUCAGUAUCCACUAGUUCUUCUAACUAGCUUCGCCAUAUGUACUUUACUCUAUGCUGGAGCUGCCACAAUGGGAUACAUGAUGUUUGGUGAAUCAAUAGAAUCACAGUUCACUCUCAAUCUACCUUCGAAUUUUCUUGCCUCCAAAAUUGCAGUUUGGGCUACAGUGAUCAGCCCACUUACCAAGUAUGCUAUAACCAUAUCCCCGGUGGCUAGGAGUUUGGAGGAACUCAUACCAUCAGACGAUCAACGGUCUCACAUCUAUUCCAUCCUCUUUAGAACGACGUUGGUGAUUUCUUCUUUAGUUGUGGCCAUUUGUUUUCCCUUCUUUGCUCUCGUUAUGUCGCUGAUUGGGUCUUUAAUGACGAUGCUAGUGUCAUUCAUAUUUCCUUGUGUUUGCUUCCUGCGAAUGUUGGGGGUAAUGUAA